CUUCGUGCUGCUGCCGCCCUUCCUCCGCGGGAGGAGCUGGGUCAAGUUCGGGAAGCGUAUCCCAGACCUAGACCCCUCCAAGCCGGCCGCGCAGGUGCUGCUGACCAAUAUGGCCCGAGUCUAUGGCAACAUCUAUAGCUUCUUCGUGGGCCCCUACCUGGUGGUCGUCCUCAACGACUUCCACAGCGUGCGCGAGGCGCUGGUGCAGCAGGCCGAGGCCUUCAGCGACCGUCCACGGAUGCCGCUGGUCUCUCGAGUGACCAAGGAGAAGGGGGUUGUAUUUGCACGUUACGGUCCAGUCUGGAGACAACAGAGGAAGUUCUCGCAUUCAACUCUUCGUCAUUUUGGCUUAGGAAAGCUUAGCUUGGAGCCCAAGAUUAUUGAGGAGUUCAAAUAUGUGAAGAAGGAAAUGCAAAAACAUGGAGGAGACCCCUUCGAUCCUUUCCCCAUUGUCCACAACGCCAUCUCCAAUAUCAUUUGCCUCAUGUGCUUUGGCCGACGCUUUGAUUACACCAAUAGUGAGUUUAGGAAAAUGCUUAAUUUUAUAUCACGAGGAUUAGAAGUCUGUCUGAACAGCCAGCUCCAACUGGUCAACGUAUGUUCCUGGCUUUAUUACCUUCCCUUUGGACCAUUUAAGGAAUUCAGAGUAAUUGAAAAUGAUAUUCUCAAUUUCCUUAAAAGAAUCAUCAAAGAACAUCGAGAGUCUCUGGACGUUGAGAACCCUCGGGACUACAUAGACAUGUACCUUCUCCACGUGGAUGAAGAGAAGAAAAAUAAUAGCAAUAGUAGUUUUGAUGAAGAUUACUUACUUUAUAUCAUCGGUGAUCUCUUCGUUGCGGGGACUGAUACCACGAGUAACUCUUUGCUUUGGUGCCUUCUGUAUAUGUCACUGAACCCUGACAUACAAGAAAAGGUCCAUGAAGAAAUUGAAAGGGUCAUUGGUGCUGACCGAGUCCCUUCCCUCACUGACAAGGCCCAGAUGCCCUACACAGAAGCCACCAUCAUGGAGGUGCAGAGGCUGACUAUGGUAGUGCCGCUUUCCAUUCCACAUAUGACCUCGGAGAAAACAGUGCUCCAAGGGUAUACUAUUCCUAAAGGCACAGUGAUAAUACCCAACUUGUGGGCAGUGCACAGAGAUCCAGCCAUUUGGGAGAAACCUGAUGAUUUCAACCCUAAUCGAUUUCUGGAUGAUCAAGGACAACUUAUUAAAAGAGAAACAUUUAUUCCUUUUGGGAUAGGGAAGCGGGUGUGUAUGGGAGAGCAGCUGGCAAAGAUGGAACUCUUCCUGACGUUUGUGAGCCUGAUGCAGAGUUUCACAUUCGCUUUACCUAAGGAUUCUCAGAAGCCCCUUCUGACGGGAAAAUACGGUCUAACUUUAGCCCCGCAUCCAUUUAAUAUAAUCAUUUCAAAGAGAUAAAGAACAUCUCUGAAAGGAGAUGGUGAACAGGGUGUAAAUACAUGUCUUUCUAAACACAUUCUUCUUUCUACACUUGACAGCGGAUCCAGCAACUUAGUGGAUCCAGGGGAGGCUCAGGUUGGAGACUAAAAAGAGGGUAGGACAUAUGGAAGCUUUCAUCUUGGGGCUCCUCAGCAGGAUACUUUUAGUAACGCUUGUCUGUGACUUAGGGAAUGGGACUAGAGGACUGGAUUGGGAAGCAGGAGAUUUGGAUUUUAUUCCCAGUGGCUUCUACCAGUGAGCAUUUCUUCUCAUCUCAGUGCCUUAGUCACUUCAUGUGGUAACAAAACUUGCCUUCUCUCUCUCAGCAUUAACGAAGGUCAAAUGCCCUGUAUCUUUCCUAGCAUCACCAAAACACUGUUAAGUUCCGAAGAACAAAUUUAGGAAUAGAAGGUUCCUAAACAUGAAAGUGGAGCUCAGACUUGAAUACUUUGUCAGAAAAGGAUGUGAGUUUAGGCUGAGUUAGAGCUUUUCUUGCCACAGAUCUUAUGCCAGUUGGGGGGUGGGGUGGGGUGCGGGUUGUUCUUGUUAAUCUUUUUAUGAUUUUAGUUUUUACUUUUUGUAGACAUGGGAGGAAGUGGAUGUUGAGGAAAGGUCAUAGUCUGAAUUUAUAUGUCUACCUUCCAUUUCAACUACAUAACAG